CACCUAACGUCAAGAAGAAGGACAUCAGACCACUUCCAAGAAGAUCUAAAUGAACACAAGGAAACAAGCACGAGAGAGCCAAGAAAGGGGCAGAGUCAUAGUGAGACCAUAGCUCCAGCAUCAGAAACUAACAUUGAAGCCGAAGAACAUACGAUAGAAAGACCAAUGGCAGAAGAGAGUCAUUUUCUUGAGAUCACUGCAGUUAAACAAACCAUUCCAGAAGCAGAGAGUAUUAUUCCAGAUACCGGGCUGAUCCAGGUAGACGAAAAUGCGGAUCCAAACAAAUUGAUUGGUUUGCUUCAAGACCGACUCAAAGAACUCCAGACACGACAACAGAAGUCACCGACACUCAAGUGUCAACUUUGUCAGGGUUUGUAUGAAAAGCCUGUAGUAUCUGUGUGCUGUUGGCAUGUCCUCUGUGAGCGCUGUUGGUUACAAGCUUUGGGAGUAAAGCGAGUGUGUCCUCAAUGUGAUGCCAUCACCUUCCCUUCAGACUUGAGAAUGUUAAACCUUUGAAGAUAAUUAACUAUUUCAACUCUGUCUUUACGGUGGUGAUGCUACAAACUCAAGGAGAUCAUGUUUUUUGGGAGUGACACGAGCGGGUUCAUUUUGAUUACGAAGAUAUGACGCCUAGUGUUCAUUUCUUCAGAACAUCGUACUAGUGAUUUCUCCUGAGUUUUGGAACGGUUACAACCAGGAAGUGUUUACCAGAUGAUAAAGAAGAUGAUAUCCUGUAACCUGUGUUUACAGCUCAAGGAAUAUAAUUCAUGGAAAAAGUUAGUUCCUCUCCUCCACAGAAGAUGGAGCUCCCGUUGAGUGUUGAUUAACUGUUUCAUUUU